UGUUCCGCCUCAGCCCCGCCCCAGCCAUGUCGGCCCCGCGCAGACGCCCCGCGGCCGCUGCCGGGGGGGGGCCCGAGGGGGCGGCCGAGGGGGGAGCCCCGGCCGGAGCCCCCGAGCCCGGCGAUGCGGAGCGGGGCAUGGCGGCCCCGCCGCUCUGCCUGCGCCUGCUGGCCGCCGCCUUCUACGGCCUCAGCUCCUUCCUCAUCGUCGUCGUCAACAAGAGCGUCCUCACCACCUACGGGUUCCCGUCCUCGCUGUGCGUGGGGCUGGGCCAGAUGGUGGCCACGGUGGCCGUGCUCUGGGCGGGGAAGGCGCUGCGGGUGGUCAAAUUCCCUGACCUGGACAGACACAUCCCCCGGCGGACAUUUCCUCUACCUCUCCUGUAUUUCGGGAACCAGAUCACAGGACUGUUCAGCACAAAGAAACUGAACCUGCCCAUGUUCACGGUCCUGCGCAGGUUUUCCAUCCUGUUUACCAUGUUUGCCGAGGGAUUCCUGCUCAAGAAGAAGUUUUCCUGGAGCAUUCAGAUGACAGUAUUUGCUAUGAUCUUUGGUGCAUUUGUAGCUGCCAGUGCUGACUUGGCAUUCGACCUGGAGGGAUAUAUUUUUAUCCUCAUUAACGAUGCCUUAACAGCUGCAAACGGUGCCUAUGUGAAACAGAAGCUGGAUUCAAAGGAGCUGGGGAAGUACGGACUGCUCUAUUACAAUGCACUCUUCAUGAUCCUCCCCACCCUGGGCAUUGCCUACAUCACUGGAGAUGCACACAAGGCAGUGGAAUACCAGGGCUGGGCAGACACGUUCUUCGUGGUGCAGUUCACUCUCUCCUGUGUCAUGGGGUUUAUUUUGAUGUAUUCCACGGUUCUUUGCACUCAGUACAACUCUGCUCUUACAACUACAAUAGUUGGCUGCAUUAAGAAUAUUUUAAUAACCUAUAUUGGGAUGUUUUUUGGAGGAGAUUAUAUUUUUACAUGGAUGAACUUCAUUGGUCUAAAUAUCAGUAUUGCUGGAAGCCUGGUGUAUUCCUACAUCACCUUCACCGAGGAGCAGCUGAACAAGGAGUCGGAUGCUGGCAGCAAGAUGGAUAUUAAAGGGAAGAGCUCCGUGUGAGCAGGGAGAGGCUCUUUGUUUUUGGGAAUCCACCCAGAUCUGUUCGCUUGAUCGCGGGCAGAGGGUGGGGAGGGAUCCACGGGGAUUAAUUUGCACAGCCGAGAUUGCUGCCUUCACAAAUCCUUGGGAAGAUCCACCCGGCCUGCACGGGGAAGGGUGAGCCUAAUUGAGUCUGAUCGGGAGCAAUUAACGGGUUUCUAAUCGAGCUGGGAGUCGGCAGCCGAGACGGGCACGGGCGGGGCUGGGAGUUGUGCUGGCAGGGAUGUGCCGGGGGUGGCCCUGGCUGGAUUUGCUCCAUGGGAUCCGUGGAUCUGCUGAUCCCAGCUUGGCUGGGAGGCUGGGGCUGGCUCCGUGCCCAGCUGCUCCCUCUGGAAGGACGGGAAUGCCGAGGGCCCUGGCCAGCGUUCCCUGGAAGCUGCUCCAAAACCUCCUGGAUGAAUGUUCGGCGCUCUCUGGACUUUAAUUUUUUAGCUGUUUUCCGUUUAUUUUCAGUUUGUUUGGGCCAUUAACCCACUUUUCGAGCCCUGCUGGGUUUAUCAGAGCCCUGCAUUCACCUCUGUCUUUCCAAGGCUUGGAGAUAUUCCCAGCAGGAAGGGUUUUCCAGCUGCUGCCGAGUUCUGCAGCCUCCCUGACACCAACCCUGGCUUUGGGAAAGCUGCUGGGAUCACAGGAGAGCUGAGCUUGUCCCACCUGGAACAGCACAUCCAGGGAAUCUGCAAUAAUUCCAGCUCCCACCCCUGGAAGAGGCACAAGGACUUAAAUCUUCUUUUUUGGCAAGUACAGGGAGCCCCAUAAUUCCUGUUUUCCAUGGAAUCAAUCGCCCUGAAAGACCCACUAAAGGAAUGGGAAUUGUCGUACAUUGGACAGUGUUCAGUGAUUUUUAAAGGUUGUUUUACCCAGCACUCCUUUCCAGGGCUUGUCUUUUUUGGGUUAAAAAGAAUUGUUUUUAAGCUUGGUUAAAAAACUUUUAGUAAAAUAAUGUAUUUAGGGAUUUUUUGGUACCCUACCAGCUUCUCUAGACACUGGCAGCAGGGUUUUUCAGGAACUACUUGCUUCAGCUGGAACUGCUCUUGGGCAAAGCUGCAUUUGCUGGGAUUUAUUGGAAGUUUGUGGAUGGGGAAGAGAUUUUCUGUGAGGGUGCAGCUGCAGCCUGGCGUGCUGGGCAAGGUGUGGAGCUGCUGCCUGCUGCAACAUCCUGCUCCUGGAGCAACUCCAGAGCCACAAUUCCCCUUUUUUUGUGGGAUUUUGUGGUCACUGCAGUGACAGGGGGCAGGGGAGGUGUCCUGGAGCAGCCCCUCAGAGCACAGCAAGAAAAAAUCCCUGAUUUUAUCUCCCAAAAUUCCAGUAAAACCUCGGCUUUGUGCCAGGGGAGGGAGGGUGACAAACCCUUCCUGCUGUGCAGAAGCCCCCCAGUCCCUGCACUGGUUCCUGCACUGGUCCAUGCACUGGUCCAUGCACUGGUUCCUGCACUGGUCCAUGCACUGGUCCAUGCACUGGUUCCUGCGCUGGUUCCUGCACUGGUUCCUGUGCUGGUCCAUGCAUUGGUUCCUGCACUGGUCCAUGCAUUGGUUCCUGCACUGGUCCAUGCACUGGUUCCUGCAUUGGUUCCUGCACUGGUUCCCAGUAUCCAGGUGCUGCUGGGGCCCCUCCCACCUGCUCCUGCCUCUUGCUGCAGCAUUCCCAAAUCCCUUUUUUCCCCACGUGUGCUCCGACCCCGCCGUGCCAGGAGGUUGAUUCUGCCAGAGGGGUUUUUGUAUCAUUUUCUCUUUAGUUUUGAAUCUACUGGUUAGAUUUGCAGUCCUAACAGGGAAGGAUUUUUAAAGCUUAUUUUGUCCUGGAUCCUAAACACUGGGAAAGCCAAGAAUUCCUCUAACAGUAUUUUCUAUGCUAUGAAUUGACUAAAAAAAAUGUUUUCUAUAGAGAAUCUAUUUACAAAAUGAGCAUUUUAGUGAUGAAAAUGUGAAUGUAUGGCAGGCUGUGGAUGUGAGGAAUGAGAG